AUGUGGAGACUCUUUCUGUCCGGCGUCUGCUUAACUGCUUUGGCCCUUGUGCUUGACCGUCGUAAACUGGGCGCGCGCGCAGCGCAGACAAACUACACUAUGGACGACAUGAACAUGACCAUCAUCUACUCUCCUUCUAACUGGUGGUUUUCCUCCAACAAUGUCUCUGGCUGCGACUACUGUCUUGCUCCACAAGAUCACGCCGUUGCGUUCAACGGCACCUGGCAUCACGGGCUGCACGUUCUACCGAACGUCGACGACGACGACGGGAGCCCUAGCUCCUCGCUUUCAGUCCCUACAUCCACAUCCGGUUCAUCUUCGCCGUCCCGCACGCCGUCUAGUACGGACGUGGAUGAUGACCGGAGCAGCGGGAAGGGCGACUCUGACGACAAUCAGGAUGCCGACGACGGCGACGAUAAAGACGCCGACGACUCUGACCCCGACUCCGACGAUCGCGACAGUGACAGUGACAGCGACGGUGGCCGUGACGCCGAUGAUGGCGAUGACGACGACAAACGUGGUUCAGGCGACAAGGACGACUCUGGCAAGGGUGGCCGUCGACGAUUCGUACCGCGUGCCUUUGUCGCCAGCACUACAGGUGUGGCCGCUGCUGUGGAGACCGGUAACCCUUUCACCACGUCAAGGUUUGACAGCGACGAUCCUCAGUUCGUGGAUCACCCUGUAUUCGUCCAGUUCAACUUCAGCGGAAGCGCACUCUACGUGAACUGCAUACUACCUCUGAGCGUACCGGCCAAUGCGAAUAUGACGCCAACAUUCACGAACCUCACGUUUACCUUGGACGGCCAACCUGCCGGCAACUUCUUGCAUGAUGGCUCGCCCCAAGACCAGGGCUUCCAACCUAACGCUACGAUCUUCUCGCAAACUGACCUAUCAGAGGGCCAGCAUACAUUUCGUAUGGACCUCGGGCCUAACUCGGUCUUCUUGCUGGAUUCUAUCGUCGUCACACAAGCCGACGCUUCAGAGUCGGCAAACUCUACCGACUCGGAUCCAGCAGGCUCGUCAUCCAACGACAAGUCUUCGUCCUCGGGAAGUAACACCGCAACGUUUGUUGGCGCAAUCGGAGGCUCCGUCGGUACUAUCGCGGUCAUUGCGUUAUGCGUGGCAGGCAGUAUUAUCCGACGACGCAGACGCGCUGCCAAGCGCGACCGCCGCGAGCGUGAACGUGCCUACUGGAACUCAGACAACGCAUCCUUCCACACGUUUGACGACGAGGCUUCCAUCGCCGGUUCUGGCUCUGGUCCUUCUAUGCGCGCAGUUGCGCCACCAGGCCCACUCACAUUCGUCCCGCGGUACUUCCCAGGCAUCGUGCCACCGCCGAGCUAUCGUCUUGCACCAGGCGUGGACACCUCGUACGCGGAGGUGUUGCCAGACGACGAAGCAGAAGAGGACGACGAGGUGCCCGUAACCGUGCCGGAGCCGAUAGACGAGGUGGACGAGAUUCCGCCGCCGUUCGCCGUCGCGAUAGCAUCGCCCGAGCCGCCAUUACUCGCCACCGCCAUGCGCCGCGAUCACUCUCCCAUAUCGCCUAAUCCGGAGAUGUCGGAGGCAGGAUUUACCGUACCGCUGCUCUCGCAUACGGGUAUCGUGUCACCGCGACCACCGCUCUCGCGCCCUCCGAGCUUCCGCAGUACAGCUUCGAGCUCUGCAGUGCUCUCCUCCGCUUCCGGCUCGGGAACGCAGUCUUCCGAGCCGACAUCUGUGACUGAUGCGACGUCCGUGCGCUCGUCCGGUCACGAAGACUCAAGAUCUGUGCGCUCUGUACACGUCGCGAGCAAUGAGGGUGGAGUGGGAUCAGGGGAGGAAGCGGGAGAGGGAGCAGGUGAAGAUGGUCACACCGAGGGGAGCGGUCCGAGCGUAGAUGCCCAGGGCGCGCCGGAACGGAUGCGGGAGGGUGAGGCAGGAGAAGCCACGAUCGGCACUACUCCGAGCGCAAUGGAGGACUCGCCGCCUGUAGAGGGAGACAGCAGGUGA